CACGGCGUUACCGGGAUGGACGAUAUCAUUUGCUCAGCGUUAAGCUCACGAAGUAGUAUACCGCGUGCCUUGCUCAGUGUCCGGUCGUGUCCGUGUGGUGCCAAACAGUACGAAUUUAUCAAGAUGAAAGCUAUGGUGUGUGCUCUUGCCCUGGCCGCCGUCCUGGCCGUUGCCAACUGUGCGCCGUACCAAAUCGCGUACCUGGUUCCGGUCGAUGCUCCGGUAGUCCGUGUUGCCCGUUCGCCACAGUUCAGCGGCAGUGCGGCUAACGCCGGUGCUCAGUCAUUCAACUCCGGCGGUGGCUUCCCCGGAUUCGGUGGAUUCUCUGGAUCGGCCGCUAACGCAGCGUCGCAGUCGUUCAGCGCCGGCGGUGGAUUCCCCGGACACGGUGGAUUCUCUGGCUCGGCCGCUUCGGCCGGUGCUCAGUCCUUCUCGGGUGGUUCCGGCUUCCCAGGAUUCGGUGGAUUCAGUGGCUCGGCCGCCAACGCCGGCGCUCAGUCGUUCAGCGGUUAAGCGCUGCCCCGAACCCGCCUGCCAGAUGCUUCGCCCGAGCACUGGACAGGACAACCAUACUUCGCCGAACACGAACAGAAGCACAAACACGUAAAAUACUAAUACCAUGCUACUCUACUGACGGCCAGGAUUACGUUCUAGAAAUCGGUAGUCUGUACAACUUGCACACACGCCGCAAACACAGUGAUGGCACAAAAUUUUGUAAGAAAGCAAACACACACACGUACACGCACAAACAAAAAAAAAAAACGAAAUUACAUUGACACACUCAUGACAAGUUUAGCGUCCGUCGUCCGACCUGACCGCGGAAGCCAACAACACCAACAUCGUACGAACGACGAACAGCAGUAGCGAACAAAAAAACACACAAAAAUCAGCAAAUAAGCGUGACAAGAACAAACAAAACUGCAUACUCAAGGUGGUCGAUUGUGAUACGUUUGGAUAAAUUAUAAUUGUUUUGUAUAACAAAAAAAAAAAACACUCGAA